GGCGGCAGAGCUAAUCUUCGAAUUUGUCAGCACCGGUAGAAAAACAAGAAACAAAGCUCAAAACAAACUGCUGCGCUAAAUAAACGGACCUGGGAAUCCGACUUUCAAUCAGUCGCUAGAUAACCUUCACCGAGUUCAGAUCUGCUCUACCGUUGCGAUGGCCCCCAAGAACGAAAAUCUAGCCGCACUAGUGUACGGACCAAAUGAUUUACGCCUAGAACCACGACCUAUCCCGGAACCAGCCUUCAACGAAGUGGUGGUCGAAGUUGAUAGCUGUGGAAUAUGUGGAACAGAUAUUCACUUUCUGAAAGACGGUGGUUUUGGAGCGCAAAGGUUGAUUAAGCCAAUUGUUCUGGGACACGAGUCGGCCGGCGUAGUUCGUAAGGUUGGCAGUCAAGUGACCCACCUCAAGGUCGGGGAUCGAGUAGCCAUCGAACCGGCUGCUGGCUGUCGAACUUGUGACCUUUGCAAGGUCGGCAAGUACAACAUCUGCCUAGAUGGCAAACACUGCACUACCCAGAAGCACGAUGGUAACUGCUCCAACUACUAUGCCCAGUACGCAGAUUGUUGCUUUAAAAUGCCCGACCACAUGACCAUGGAGGAGGGAGCUCUAUUGGAACCUUUAGCCGUGGCAGUCUACGCUGGCCGCAGAGCACAAAUCGGACUUGGACAGAAAGUUAUCAUUUUCGGGGCAGGACCUAUCGGAUUGGUUUGUUUAAUUGCAGCCAAAGCAAUGGGAGCCACGCGUACUGUUAUCCUUGAUUUGGAACAUGCCAAACACCGACUCGAUGUGGCCAAAAAACUUGGCGUAACCGAUGUUAUUGCGAUACGUAAGCAAGACACCGAGGAUGAUUUGGUGAAAAAGAUUCACGAAGUUUUGGGCGGCCCAGCCGAUAGAGUGCUCGAGUGCACCGGCUCCCAACCAGGAAUGCGCGUGGCCAUCAAGGCCACCCGUAAUGCCGGACGCAUUUGUCUGGUCGGGCUAGGCAACAAAGACGUUCAGCUCCCGAUGGUCGAUGCUAUUUCGCGGGAGAUCGACAUCACCACUUGUAUGCGGUACAAUCACGACUAUCCGGCCGCCCUAGAAAUAGUUGCCAGCGGUUACGUCAACGUUAAACCCCUGGUAUCGCAUCAUUUCGAUUUGGAAAACGUGCACGAAGCCUUCCGGGUAGCCAGCCAAGGCGAAGGUGUCAAGAUUAUGAUUCACCUGUGCCCUCGCGAUUCCAACAAUCCUGUUAAAUUUACCCAAUGAACCAAACUGAAGGAGUUUCUUUUGUUCUAAGGCGUGUUACUAGAGCUUUUAGUUAAACUUUAUACAAUGUUGUAUAUUGUACGAUGAAAAAUAAAUCGAAAAUUCGUAAAACUAAAAAAA